GGUAUAAGGCAGGGGAGGAGGAGCACCAUUGCGUCAUUUACAGAGAAAUGAAACUCUGCACAAACAUUAACAAAGUUAAACACAGUUCAGUUUGUCUAUUUGCGUACAAAGAGAAACAGCAGAGCAGAGCUCUCCAAGAAGAUAUGGCCACAGCCAGCCCUUUCCUGUCAGAGGAUCAGUUCCUGUGCUCCAUCUGUCUUGAUGUUUACACCGAGCCUGUUUCUAUUCCAUGUGGACACAACUUCUGCAAGGCCUGUAUCACCAGGCACUGGGAAGGCAAAGAGCAGUGUCACUGUCCACUGUGCAACGAGAAGCUCAACAAAGGGCUCAAACUUCGUGUCAACACUGGAUUCAGGGAGGUCGUGGAGAAUUUCAAGAAACAUCAUGCGAUAGCUGACAGUAAUUCCCCAGUCAAACCAGGACAGGUGCCAUGUGACUGCUGCCUUGGCAACAAGUUCAAAGCUUCUAAAACUUGUUUGGUGUGUUUGACCUCUUACUGUGAGACGCACUUAGAGCCUCAUAAGAGAGUCGACUCCUUAAAGAGACACAAACUGACUAAUCCUGUGCAGAACCUGGAUGACAAAAUAUGCAAGAAGCACUACAGGAUUUUAGAGCUCUUCUGCAGGAAUGACCUGACGCGUAUUUGUGUCCUGUGUACAGAACAUAGCGCUCAUGAUACAGUCCCUUUAGAAGAAGCGUAUGUUGACAAGAGGGCUCAGAUGGGAAAGAAAAAGGCAGAAGCACAGGAAAUCAAACAGAAGCGUGGCAAGAAGGCUCAGAAAACCAAGAGGAAAGGCAAAAAUGAAGCCAUGGCAAAUAGUGUGGUGUCUGAUCAGAUGCAAGCUCCUCACAUUUGGUGGUUUCCCAGUGAAGACCCACACCAAUUCAACAGAUGUUUCUAUGUCCCUGGAAACAUGGUCUUUUCUGAAGGGAAAUUCUACUAUGAGCUUCAGGCUGAAGCGAGGACCGGCUGGGAUUUAAGAGUAGUCAGGGAGUCAGUUUGUCGAAAGAGGACAUUCACACCUAACCCUAGGAAUCGAAACUGGAUCAUAAGAAAGGGGAAUGACACCAUCUGCAAGGCUCUAUAUGACGUCCCUGUCCACCUCUUCUUGACAAGGAAACCUGAGAGAGUCAUAGUGUUUGUAGACUAUGACAAUGGAUUGGUGUCCUUCUAUGAUGCAGACACAGAGACCCUGAUCUACUCUUUUACUGGCUGCAAAUUCAAUGAGAGAAUUUUCCUGUUCUUUAGCCCCAGUCCUACAGAGGAUGUUAACUUGGCACAGAGGCUACAAAAGAAGGUUCAGAAGAUGAAAAUAUGGUCACAACUUUCAGAUGCCUUCUACUGCUUUAUUUUCAUGGUCAUUCUGAUUUCGAUUUGGCAAAGUUAAACAUCACAUCAUCUUUUACGAGGGCAAAGUUGAAACAGAUUCUGAUGAAAUCUGAAUCUACUAAAAUCUGAUCAUAAGCCCAAUACCUGGAUGUUUUGGAAAACUGAGCCAUGCAUACAUCUUUACAGACCUGCAACUGGAAAUAAUGACUUUCUUCCUUUUGUAAAGGCUUUUUGAUAUUUUUUGGAGAUGAAGAUGCAUGUUUAUUUUGUAUCCGUAUUUCAGCAUGUAUUUUUGUACUCACACUGAUUAUAUACAAUUAACAAAAGCCUGUCAUGAAAUAAAAUAAAAAUAUGUUAUUGCUACAGAAGUGGCUGCAGAGGCAGGGAGGGUUAAAACCAGUAUCUCCUUCCAGUCACAAACUCAUCUGUCACUUAAUCAUGUUGAACAAAAUGAUAAAAGUUAAUGCAUAGUAGGUCUGUAAAUCACACAAAAUGCUUUAGAAGUUGUACCUCCUAAACAUCAACAUGUUAGCAUUGUCAUUGUGAGCAUGUUAACAUGCUGAAGUUAGCAUUUAGCUCAAAGUACCACUGUUCCUAAGUACAGCAUGGCUGUUUUGUGUAUAUUUUGUGCACAUCUUGCAUACAAAGGUGCCAAACUUACUUACUUACUAUACAAACUUACUUACUUACUAUAUAGCUGUGAAGCUUUUUUUUAUCAGUUCUUGUAUUCCCACUUUUGAAAUAGUACAUAGUAUCAGCCAGUGUAAUGUUAGUGUUUGCAUGCCACCAUCUUUAAAGCUGCAUCUUUCAAAUUAUUCUUAUGACAUAUGUUUUCUAUGCUAAUUUUGUUAUUUGGUGUUUUCAGAAUUUGAUAUACAAAAUAAAUUUACAUAAAGGUUUUGCUUUUCUGUGAAACAGGAUGGUAGUGUCAUUUCUGAAAUAAAUCAACCACUCUAAACAUUUUAGAGUAUGUACAGUACCUCAA